CACCGUGUUUCACCGUCUUGAAGCUCGCGAAUUCGCAAGACCCUAUCCCUCUUCCCCCAAACCCUGGUAGGCUGGUGCCCACCCAUCUGCACACUCUCCUCAACCUUCACUGCAACUUCAGGCGAGAGAAAGCGAGAAGGAAGAGUAGAGAGGGAGAGGGGGGUCUUCUCCUAUUAGGUUUCACAAAGGUUAAUCCAGAGGAGAGAGAGGAUGUCGUCGACCCUACUGGAGGUGACUCGUGGGGGUCACGAAGAAGUCGAACGGCUAGAGAGACUCAUCGUGAAGGAUCUCCAGAACGAACCAGCAACGAGCAAGGAUCGCCUCUUCCAGAGCCACCGUGUUCGCAAGAUGAUCCACCAAAUUACCUCGACAACGCACAAAGUCAUUGAGGUUUACGAUGACAAAGAUAAUGCGAGGAAGGAUGAGAUUGCUGCUCUUGGAGGCCAGACAGCCACUGGAACGAACGUGUUUAGUGCAUUUUAUGACAGAUUAAAAGAGAUUCGUGAGUACCAUAGACGUCAUUCUGCUGCACGUGUUGUCGAUGCCAAUGAGGAGUACGAGGAGCUACUCAAAGAGGAACCACGGAUCGAGUUCAGUGGAGAGGAAGCCUUUGGACGGUAUUUAGAUUUGCAUGAAUUAUAUAAUGUUUAUAUCAAUUCUAAAUUUGGGGAGCCCAUUGAGUACUCUGCUUACCUUGACGUUUUUUCACAACCACAUAAGAUUCAUCGGAAACUGAAGUUAACAAGGCAAUACAAGGAGUAUUUGGACAAACUAAUGGGGUAUUUAAUGCAUUUUUUUGAGCGGACAGAGCCCUUGCAAGAUCUUGAUAGAAUUUUCUCAAAGGUAAUAACUGAAUUCGAGGAGCAAUGGGCUAAUGGCAAGGUACAAGGUUGGGAGAAUGAGGGUCAAGAAAAUGGACCCAUUCCAGUUCAGCCUACUGUAAUUGAUCUUGAUUAUUACAGCACAGUUGAAGAGUUGGUGGAAGUUGGACCUGAGAAGUUAAAGGAGGCGUUGGCUGUGCUAGGACUGAAGACGGGUGGUACUGUUCAGCAGCGUGCAGAGAGGCUUUUCCUUACAAAGCACACGCCUCUUGAACAGUUGGAUAGGAAACAUUUUGCCAAAGGUUUACAUAGGUCAGAGCAGAAUGGCAUUGCUGCAGCUCCACGACAAGCUGACAAUUCUAAAGAAAUUGCCUUGAUGGAAGCCAAGAUGGAAAAAUUAUGCGACUUACUGCAUGAGACAAUUUUGCGGACAAAGGAAAAUGUUGAGAAGAAACAGGCUUUGACAUAUGAGGAAAUGGAAGCAGAACGUGAGGAGGAUGAGGUACAAGCUGACACGGAAAGCGAUGAUGAAGAACAACAGAUUUAUAAUCCCCUUAAGUUACCAAUGGGUUGGGAUGGGAAGCCUAUACCAUACUGGUUAUAUAAGCUUCAUGGCCUUGGUCAGGAAUUCAAGUGUGAGAUAUGUGGGAACCACAGUUAUUGGGGCCGCAGGGCUUAUGAGCGGCAUUUCAAGGAAUGGCGACAUCAGCAUGGAAUGCGUUGUCUUGGCAUUCCAAAUACCAAGAAUUUCAAUGAAAUCACAUCAAUAGAGGAAGCAAAGCAUCUAUGGGAGAGAAUACAGGAACGGUCAGGAGUGAACAAAUGGCGCCCUGACCUUGAAGAGGAAUAUGAAGACAGAGAGGGUAACAUUUACAACAAGAAGACGUACACUGAUUUGCAGCGCCAAGGACUGAUUUAAUGAUAAACAGUAGUUUCAGAUCAUUCUUCCUUCCAAAUAAGUUUCAUGGGAACUAGGAAGAAAGAUCUCAAUCAGUCAAUCUGUGAUUUGGAUCUUUUUAAUGCUUGUGGAAGGGGGAAGAGAGAAGUAAGCAGACAGAUGUGUUUGGAUGGUCAAGAAUGGAUAUAAUAGCAUCUGUCCCCCAAAUGCUCAUUAAAACAAAGCAGCUUUUAAGUGAGAUACUACUACUACUAGGAAUGCUCAAGAGUAUUUUGUAGUUGUGUAGGAUAUUUUUAUGGAAUGAAGUUGUAGUUAUACCUUCAGUGGUUUAUUGAUUGUAAUAUGCCAUCAACACCCUCAUGCUUCAGUGGGCCACAUUUUGUAUCUCUAUAAUUGUAGGAUAAUUGUCUUUGGGAACUCAAGUAGUCAAGUUUUACUGAUUAUAGGAGCCUUUUCAUCUUUUAUGGACUGCAGUCUAGCUGCAAAAUACCUCCUUGAUCAAGGUUCCUCAUCGUGAUUGAACUGUAUCUGGAUUCCGAGUUCCGAGUUUUACGGGAAUGCUCUCUUCAACAUCGA